ACGGAAACGAAGAACAGAACGGAUGAUUCCGGGCAGCAUCGGUGAAAAAGAGAAUCUCGAGAAAGGUAGGAGGGAACACGUAGCUGGUUCAGAGGCUGUGUCAAUGUGUCAGAGAGACGGUUUUCGUGUCGGGGUUGCCUUUUAUGUCCAUGUAAUGUGGGACCUGAAGGAACUCCUAAGAGAAAGAAGUGGGGCCUGAAGCAGGGCCCCUUCUACCGUCCUUUCCUGGCCUAACCGCCGCGCGCUGCCUCUGUCACCCUUUCUUCCUCAACACUUGAAUGGAGCCACGGUUAGAACCAGUAUUCCAGGCUGCGGUCUCCUCCAGUGGCGUCGUUUAGGAUCUCACAGAAGGGGCAUCCGUUUCGAGGAAGCGGUUGUCGAUUGGAAAUCGUAUGUGCUGCCCGCUGAAUGGAGGAGAUCUUCUCGUCCCGCCCCCCCGCUGCAGAGCCUGAUAUUUUUUUGCUCCCUUUGACGAUUUCUCGUUCCCUCCGGUU